AUGCCUCGGCCAACUACUGCGGUACCAUACCACAUAGGUGAACUGGCGGAUUUGAUGAGCCAAUUAUUUGGACCAGUCAGCUAUGUUGGCAUUCAUGUGGACCCAGAACUUCAGUAUCCGAAGGGAGCCGCAAGAGUGACAUUUGGUACAGAAGAAGGCUUUCUGAAAGCAAUGGAGGCCAAAUUCAUGCUGUUGCCACAUGAUGGCAUAACGAAACGGGUGGAAAUAAAACCGUACAUAAUGGAGGAUGGCGAAUGUGAUGAAUGCGGAAUGAGUCCAAGCUCAGGUUUUCAUGGUGUUAUGUAUUGUGCUAACUUAGAUUGUCUACAAUACUACUGCAAGGCUUGUUGGAGCAGAUUUCAUGAUGGCGAUAUGUCACUGAUAUCACAUCGUCCUGUGUUUCGUCCUACUCGUGCUCACAGUAAGGUUGGACGAUUUUUUUUUUGCUCAUAUGACACAGCUAUCGUAGGAGGAUCACUUUUUGUUAAUUAUAUAUGA